GCCAGUGCCAGUGAGCUCAGCACCGUACUGCGUACGCAGUGCCCUUACAUCGUUCGCGACGUCCUCUACCUUCAUCCUCCUACUCUUGGUCUAGAGGAUAGGAAGGCGCAAUAAUGUCGCACGGGCAACGCUCUCGCUAUGACAUCGAGGAUGAAGUCCACUACCCGACACGCCCGGUAGACAAAGACAAGGCUGAAGCAGAGCUCGUCGUCAACAUCAAGAAGGCGACCAACCCAGACGAGAGCGCUCCGAAGCAAAAGCACGUCCGAAAGUGCAUCGUUUAUACAUGGGAUUACCAUUCGUCUAUCUCUUUCUGGACUGGCCUGCGAGUCCAACCUAUCCUCGCCGAUGAAGUGCAGACGUUCAAAGCGCUCAUCACAGUACAUAAGGUCUUGCAGGAGGGACACCCAGUCACGAUCAAAGAGGCUCAUGGUCAGACUGGCUGGCUAGAGACAUGUGCGCGUACCGUGGGCCACGACAGCGCUAAGGAUUAUGGGCCAUUGAUCAGGGCAUAUGUCCAGUUCAUCUUGGCCAAGCUCAGGUUCCAUCGACUCAGGCCCGAGUUCAACGGAUUGUUCGAGUAUGAGGAGUACGUGACCUUGAAGGGUAUCGAUGAUCCGAAUGAAGGCUAUGAGACCAUAUCCGACCUCAUGGGGCUGCAAGACCAAAUCGACUCCUUCCAGAAGAUGGUCUUUGCUCACUUCCGUCACUCCGCCAGCAAUGAGUGCCGCAUAUCCGCGUUGGUUCCUCUAGUGAAGGAGAGCUGGGGUAUCUAUCGGUUCAUCACUAGCAUGCUGCGAGCUAUGUACCGAAGGACCGGUGAUACUGAGGCACUCGAACCACUGAGGCAACGUUACAAUGCCCAACACUACGCGCUUCGCAAAUACUACUACGAGUGUUCGAAUCUCAAGUACCUCACGGGUCUUAUCAACGUCCCAAAACUCGGACAGGAGCCGCCAAAUCUGUUGGACAAUGGCACAGCUCCCGACCUGCCUGCAAGGCCGACAACGGCAGCGGUCAAGACACCACCACCCGCCACACCCGCACCAGACGCAAAUGCUAUCAACGAGCAGGCACGCAUGCUGAAGCAAUACGAAGAACAGCAGAUGGCUCUUCUUGCUGCGCGUGAAGCCGAAGAGCGUCAACGCCAGGAACUCGAAGAGCAGCAGCGUAGGGAAUUCGAGCAACGCCAGGCAGAACAGGCGGAGAGGGAGCGCCUCGCACAGGAGCAGCUCAUGCAGCAGCAAAUGAUGCAGUACAACAACCAGGCGGCGGCUCACUUCCAAGAUCUGGAACGAGAACUACUCACGAUGCGGGGUCAGUAUGAGCGUGAUCAACUGAUGCUCGAACAGUACGAUCGAAGAGUGAAAGCCUUGGAGGGCGAACUCGGUAGCAUCACGGCGAACGUCAACGCGCAGAUGAUGUCCAAGGAUGAGUUGAUCAAGCAAUUGCAAGACCAAGUUACCCUCUGGCGCAACAAGUACGAGGCACUCGCGAAAUUGUACAGCCAGCUAAGAUCGGAGCACCUCGACAUGCUUGCGAAGUUCAAGCAGAUGCAGUUGAAGGCCAACUCUGCGCAGGAGGCCAUCGAUCGCAUGGAGAGAAUGGAGAGAGAUCUCAAGACGAAGAACCUCGAGCUCGCCGACAUGAUUCGCGAACGUGAUCGUGCUAGGUUUGACUUGGAUCGCCAGAAGGCCAAUCAAAAAGACGAGCUUGACCGUAUACGGCGCGAGUUGAACUACGCCAAUGAGCGUGCGGAAGACGCGGCUCGUUCGAAGAGCUCGGAGACAUCCACUAUCAUGUCGAAGUUCAACCGGCAAUUGCAGGAGCUUGAGGACUCAUUGAGGGCCAAGCAGCUUCAGAUAGACGAUCUCCUUGUCAAGCUCGAUGAUGCGUCCGCUGAUGUGGACCGCCUGAGAGAAGAGAAGGAUCAGGAGAUCGCCAUCCUUCAGGAGGGCAUGGACAGCACGAUUCAGCAGCUUCACGAGGCUCAGCAGAACCAAGGCAUCUCAGAGGAAACCACAAAUGCCCAGAUUGACACGCUCAUCCUGGACAAUAGGAAGAAGCUCAACCAGAUCAUCGAUUCCAUUCUGCAGGCCUGCGUCCACAAGGUGGAUGAGGCUAUCUACGAGCUUGAGUCUCCAGCCACCGCUGGAAAUCUGAACUCCACGCCUGAAUACACUUUGUCUAUGAUCGAGAAGUCCAUGAACAACGCUACGGACUUCGCGACCAUCUUCAACCUUUUCCUCGGAGGGGAAGUAGGCGGUGACCACGUCGACGUCAUCAAGGGCGCGAACGAGCUGGCGCAGUCUCUCGCGGAUGUGCUGAUCAACACGAAGGGCAUCACUCGUCUCGUCAGUGACGAGUCGGCCGACAAGCUGAUCGGUGCAGCCAAGACCGCUGGCGAUGUCGGUCUCAGAGUGUUCCUGAACCUCCAGUCCUACAAGCUGGAUCUGCUGCCGACGUCGACACAACGCAAGGAGGUCGCCAUGCGGAACAACGGCGAGGUCCGCGGCGCGUUAUCAAAGCUGUCCGAGGUCGUAGACAGUCUUGCGCCUAAGGGCGGAAAGUCCGGUGCCUUGGCGAAGGCGAAUGGAGACAUUGGAGACAUCGUCGAGGCCGAGAUGUUAGGCGCAGCAAAGGCCAUCGAGGCAGCGACGGAACGUCUCCAGCAACUCAUGGCGCGUCCUCGCGACUCUGGACGGUUCAGUGCCGUCGACCUACAAGUCCACGAUUCCAUCCUCGCCGCUGCCCUCGCGAUCACAAAUGCCAUUGCCCGGCUCAUCCGAGCAGCCACCGAGUCGCAGCAGGAGAUCGUAUCCCAGGGCAAGGGGUCGAGCACUACGCAGCAGUUCUACAAGCGUAACAACCGCUGGACGGAAGGUCUGAUUUCCGCAGCGCGCGCGGUCGCCUUCGCUACGAAUCUCCUCAUCGAGAGUGCUGAUGGUGUGCUGUCUGGCACGCACUCUUUGGAGCAGCUCAUCGUUGCAUCGAACGAGGUUGCUGCGGCCACGGCUCAACUCGUAGCUGCGUCUCGUGUGAAGGCCAACCUCAUGUCGAAGACGCAGGAACGCCUGGAGCUCGCAGCGAAGGCUGUCACCGAGGCUUGCAAAGCCCUCGUCAAACAGGUCAAGGCCAUCUCCGCCAAGCAGACGCAGGAAGAAGAUAUCGACUACAAGAACAUGGCGGCGUUCGAAUACAAGCAGCGCGAAAUGGAGCAGCAGGUGGAGAUCCUACGCCUGGAGAAGGACCUGGGUGCGGCUCGUCACAGACUAGGCGCGAUGAGGCGUGCGGGAUACCAUACGGACGAGACAGAUUAAUGCGAACGGAACGCGAGAUUUUCAGCGAUUACCUCUGGGACACCCAUUGCGACCCAUCCCCAUCUGUAACAUACUAACUACUAUGCGACGGCUAUUCUUGCUUUCUCGUGCGCUGCAAUUUCACUCUCAUGUGCCCAGUGGAUGACGAUUCAGAGG